UGGGCUGUUUCUGUUCCCUGACACCCGAUCUGCCCUUCAGUGAAUGCAGAGCCUCUCUGAUGAGUGAGCCCCUCUGUCCCAUGCCCCGUUCUCCCUGCUCCGCAGGGUGCUGGCAUGCCGGCUUUCAGCCCGCCGCGUCUCCUGUUCCUGGUUCCCUACCAGCAAAGCCCCUACACCCCCGGGAGUGGCUCUUCCGUCAUCCAGUGCUACCGCUGCGGGGACACCUGCAAGGGCGAGGUGGUGCGCGUGCAGAACAAUCACUUCCACAUCCGCUGCUUCACCUGCCAAGUGUGCGGCUGCGACCUGGCCCAGUCGGGCUUCUUCUUUAAGAACCAGGAGUACAUCUGCACCCAUGACUACCAGCAGCUCUACGGCACCCGCUGCGACAGCUGCGGGGACUUCAUCACCGGAGAGGUCAUCUCGGCGCUGGGCAGGACCUACCACCCCAAGUGCUUUGUCUGCAGCACCUGCAGGAAGCCGUUCCCCAUCGGAGACAAGGUCACAUUCAGCGGGAAGGACUGUGUCUGCCAAAACUGCUCCCACUCGCUCAUCAGCACCAAACCCAUCAAGAUCCACGGACCCAGCCACUGCGCAGGCUGCAAGGAGGAGAUCAAGCAAGGCCAGUCCCUCCUGGCGCUGGAGAAGCAGUGGCAUGUCAGCUGCUUCAAGUGCCAAACAUGCGGGAUCAUCCUCACCGGGGAGUACAUCAGCAAGGAUGGAGUCCCGUACUGCGAGUCUGACUACCAUGCCCAGUUCGGCAUCAAGUGCGAGACCUGUGACCGGUACAUCAGCGGCAGAGUCCUGGAGGCGGGAGGGAAGCACUACCACCCCGCCUGCGCCAGGUGCGUGCGCUGCCACCAGAUGUUCACGGAAGGCGAGGAGAUGUACCUCACAGGCUCUGAAGUGUGGCACCCCAUCUGCAAGCAGGCGGCCCGAGCAGAGAAGAAGCUGAAGCACAGAAGGACGUCAGAAACCAUCUCGCCCCCUGGGUCCAGCAUCGGCUCCCCUAACAGAGUCAUCUGCGCUAAAGUGGAUAAUGAGAUCCUUAAUUACAAAGACCUGGCAGCUCUUCCCAAGAUUAAAGCCAUCUAUGAAGUGCAGCGUCCUGACCUCAUUUCGUACGAGCCCUAUCACAGAUACACGUCAGAUGAGACGCUGGAGAGAUAUAGCUAUGGGGAGUCCCUGGGGACCCUCUCCCCGUACUCGCAGGACAUCUAUGAGAGCUUUGACAUGCGGCAUGAGGCGAGCCCUCCAGCCCUGGCUACAUCGACUCUCCCCCCCUACAGCCGGCAGGGCAUGUCCCCUACAUCACCGAGGUCCCCCCACCACUUCUACCGCGUCAGGAAAUCCCCCACCUGCUCUGGCACACCUCCCCCUGGGCCGCAACCUGCCACAUGUCCCCGUCACCACCGCCAUGUGGGCCGUGCCCAGCUCGUCUACCACCACUGCUUAACGCCCGUUUUCUUCUGCCUCUCAUUCUCUCUCUGGUCACUUAUGGCUGCUCCUGCUUGGCACCGCAUAGGCACAGAAAGCGGGCGCAGCUCCCCCUACUAUAGCCAGUUAGAUGUGAGGUCUUCUACUCCAACCUCAUACCAAGCACCCAAGCAUUUCCACAUUCCAGCAGCCGGCGAGAGCAACAUCUACCGGAAACCCCCCAUCUACAAGCGACACGAUGACAUCCCUGCAGCCACCAAAAGCAAAACGAGUGAAGACAUCGCACAGUCGUCCAAGUACAGCCCUGCCUACUCACCAGACCCCUACUACCACUCCGAGUCGGAGUACUGGUCCUUCCAAAGCUCCCCUAAAGCCCCCCGGGCCCGGAGAUUCUCAUCAGGAGGCGAGGAGGAUGGGUACGAGCGGGGCAUGCACAAGAUCCAGAGCGGCAUCGGCAGGCUGAUCCUGAGGGAGGAGAUGAAGGCUCGCUCCAACUCUUACGCGGACCCCUGGACGCCCCCUCGCAGCUCAGCCAGCAGCAGAGAAGCCCUGCACACGGCUGGCUACGAGGGUUCCCUCAACGGCUCCCCCCGGAUGCACUACCUGGCUGACAGCGACCCCCUCAUUUCUAAGUCGGCCUCCCUCCCUGCCUACAGGAGGAAUGGGUUGCACAGGCCUCCCAGCGCGGAGCUUUUCCACUAUGACAGCACCAACGCCGUCAACUGGGGGAUGCGAGAGUACAAGAUAUACCCCUACGAGCUGCUCCUGGUGAAGACGAGGGGGAAGAACCAGCUGCCCAAAGAUGUGGACAGGACUCGGUUAGAGCGCCACCUCUCCCAGGAGGAAUUCUACCAGAUCUUUGGCAUGACCAUCGCUGAGUUCGACCGCCUGGCCCUCUGGAAGAGGAACGAGCUGAAGAAGCAGGCUCGGCUGUUUUAAAAGCAGUGCACUAUAAAUAUAUACAUACCUAUAAAUAUAUACAUAGAAAGAUCUCUAUAUUGCAGCUCUGUAUGAUUCUCAGUACUGUACGUGGCAGAGGCGCCCUCUGCACCCCUGAGAGUGAAUUGGAAUCUCACAGAUAAUUUUAUGCUCUG